AUGCUCAGGAAAGAGGGGCAAAGGGAGAGGGGGGACAGAGGCUCCCCCCAGCCCAGGAAAGGGGGGGAAUUGGGACAGAGGCCCCUCCCCCAGCCCGGGAAAUGGGAAAAGGGGGACAGAGGGCCCCCCCCAAACUCGGGAAAGGCGGGGAAGGGGGACAGGGCCCCCCCAGCCCGGGAAAGCGGAGGAAGGGGGAGGGGGGACAGAGGGCCCUCCCAACCCGGGGAAGGGGCACAGACGGGGGAGAAAGGGGACAGAGGGGAGAGGGGGGACAGAGGGCCAACCACCAUCCCGGGAAAGCGGGAGAAAGGGUCCCCCCCAGCCCGGGCAAGGGGGAGAAGGGAGAGGGGGGAUAGAGGGCCCGCCCAGCCUGGGAAACAAGGAAUGGGAGAGGCGGGACAGAGGGCCCCCCACAGCCCAGGAAAGGGGGGAACGGGGACAGAGGUGGUUUGUGUGUGA